AAAGGUCAUUUGUGUCCCCUUCUCUUGAACUGUGAAUCUGGUGGAGUUGUUAGACACUCCUUUGCAUAAUUAUUUUAAGCAGAAUGACUGCUUGAAUUAUUUCUUCUGCUUCCGGUGGGUUCUUAUACAAUUUAAAAGGGAAUUUGAAUACGAAAAAACAAUGCGUUUGUGGGAGGUGUUGUGGACACAUUACUUGAGCGAGCACCUGCACCUGUACGUAUGUGUCGCAAUCCUGAAAAGAUAUGGCAGUAAGAUAAUGGGGGAGCAGAUGGAUUUUGAUACACUCCUGAAAUUUAUCAAUGAGCUUAGCGGUUGCAUUGACCUCGAUGCAACCCUCCGGGAUGCAGAGGCUUUGUGUAUAUGCGCCGGUGAAAAUGGUGCAGCUUCCAUCCCUCCUGGAACUCCACCUUCAUUGCCUUUGGAGGAUGUUUCAUUUUAUCCUCAACAGGAUGACGAUGAUGUCUUGUGAAGAUUAUCUCUACUUGUGGACUAAAUUUCUCGGUUCUCUCCUCUCGGUUGUAACCGAAAAGUCAAUGAUUUUUGAGGCAUUGUAAGUUUAGACUAAACAAAUUUCCGAGUGAAAUCUGUUCGAUUGGUCUCGCUAUCAGAUGCCUUUUUGAAUUCUGUGUCUUAUCCUGUAUGGAAAAAUUUACGAUAUUUCAAAAAAUUAAAUUAGAAUAAGUUCCGAU